UUAAACCAAGACGAUUCUCCUUUGGUUAUUGUGCAGCAAUUGCAGUGUGAUAUCAGUAUCUGUUAACGCGACCACAGCAACACAUCAUUUGAAAUGGCUCUCCGCAUGACCAGAAACCGCAUCGCUUCAGAGAACAUAACUACUCUCGCGGGCAAGACUGUGCAGGGGAACAAGCCUACACUCAGGCCGCGAGCUGCCCUUGGUGAAAUCGGCAACAAUGUUGCAGCUCCCAAUCAGUGUUUGAAAAAGGAUGCCAAGGCGGAUCCCAUUAAAGUGGCGGAGAGGAAGGCUAGCACAAGGGCCGAAAAGAUCCAGGAAGCAAAGCCGCCUAAAAAAAAUGAACCCGAAAUUAAGCCCGUGCCCGUGGCGCUGCCCGAGCCCAUGUCCCCCACCCCCAUGGAGACUUCUGGCUGCGUGCCCAACGACCUGUGCCAGGCGUUCUCCGAUGUUCUCCUCACCAUCAAGGACGUAGAUGCGGACGACUACGACAACCCCAUGCUCUGCAGUGAAUACGUCAAGGACAUCUACAAGUACCUCCUACAGCUCGAGGCUGACCAGGCCGUCAGACCAAAGUACCUGGAGGGGCAGGAGCUCACUGGGAACAUGAGGGCCAUCCUCAUCGACUGGCUCGUUCAGGUCCAGAUCAAGUUUCGCCUCCUGCAGGAGACUAUGUACAUGACCGUGGGCAUCAUCGAUCGCUUCCUACAGGAAAACCCCGUCCCCAAGAAGCAGCUCCAGCUGGUGGGCGUCACGGCCAUGUUUGUUGCCUCCAAGUACGAGGAGAUGUACCCUCCUGAGAUCGCAGACUUUGCCUUCGUCACGGACCGGGCGUACACCACCGCCCAGAUUAGGGACAUGGAGAUGAGGAUCCUGAGAGGGCUAAAGUUCAGCUUCGGCCGUCCCCUCCCCCUGCAGUUCCUGAGGAGAGCCUCCAAGAUCGGAGAGGUGACGGCCGAGCACCACACCCUGGCCAAGUACUUUGUGGAGCUGACCAUGGUGGACUACGAGAUGGUGCACUUCCCUCCGUCGCAGGUGGCCAGUGCUGCGUUCGCCCUCACCCUGAAAGUCUUCAGCUGUGGGGAGUGGAAUGAAACCCUUCAGCACUACAUGAGCUACUCUGAAGACAGCCUGGUGCCAGUGAUGCAGCUCAUCGCCAAGAACGUCGUCCAGGUGAAUGAGGGCCGGACCAAGCACAUGGCUGUAAAGAACAAGUAUUCGAGUCAGAAGCAGAUGAGAAUCGCCACUAUUUCUCAAUUAAACUCCUCGCUGAUCAAGGACCUGGCAAAGAAACAGACCCUAUGAGACUGAUUUUAAGCACCAUGUGCUGUUUUGUACAGACUGUAUCUAACUUAUGUUCUUUAUAAUGUUUUUAGGGAGGUGUGGUUGGACAGUAUUGGGAGAUUUGGGUAUGCUGCCUGCCUAAUGGGGUAGAGGUCUUUCUGUAAAAGGCUUUGACCUCUUUUGUAACAUGAUCAAUGUGUAUACCAAAAGUCUUAAUGCCAAUAAACGUUUUAAACUUUUUA